AUGGUCGACAUCAGCCCUGCUUUUGCUAAGGCCCAGGAGGACUCCAGGAAGCUCACCUCCAAGCCUGGCAACGAUGAACUCCUCGAGCUCUACGGUCUCUUCAAGGUCGGCAACGGCGAAGACUUCAGCAAGGCCGAAAAGCCCGGCGUGUUCGACCUAAAGAACAAGUACAAGUACCAGGCGUGGCAGAAGCUCGUCGACGAGGGUAUCAGCCCCGCGGACGCCCAGGACCGCUACGUCAAGCUCGUCGAGACCCUGAAGGAGAAGUACGGCUACGACGCGAACAAGGAGCCCGAGGCCGUCAAGAGCUCUUAG